UAGCAAGAACACAGAGACUAAACAUGGACAAAGUCACUCAUCUGGAAGCGCUGAUGUUUAGUGCUGUGCUGGAGAGUUGUGUUGAUCAACUUGCAAUUAUUGGAUAUAUCAUACCAGUUUCACACGAGGGCGAGACAGACCUCAGCCGUGAAAUGAAAGAAAUUACCCAGGAAGAACUUAUGUCAACAGAGCAAGAGAAUGGGGAAACAGUUGCCUCCUUUGCUUCAGAAAACACGGAACAGCAGRGGAAAACUGAAGAUCAAAAAAGCAGCAGUCGUUCUUCAAAAAGCUCCCAGAAACGCCCCACACGGGCUGUAGAGAAGCUCAGAAAAAUUCAGGCUGACAGGCAGUAUGCAAGUGAUGUAAUUACAGUCACUAUUAAAAAGAUGGAGGAAUUGGGAACAUUUAAUACCCUAACAGAUGCUAAUGAGAGAGAGAAGGCAAAAAAGAGCAAGUUUUCUGACUUCCUUACCAGGGAGGAAAAAGGAAAUAAGGAGAUAAAGUUACUCCAGAAACAGCUGCAAGAUGUCAAGAAACAAGCUGAAGAAGAACUUCAGAACCGAGAUCUGAUCAUUGAUAGCCUCAAAGAUAAACUCCAAGAGAAGAUGGCCAAAYUGAACAUAGAGAGCUACUACCUGAAGAGAAACUCAGACCUCCAGGUCCAACAAAUCCAGAAAAAGUGCCGAAGUGCAGAGAUUGCUCUGGAGAAGGAAAUCGAGAUUUUGAAGAGCAAAAUUGAUGAGGAGAUGAAAGUCCACACAGAGACUGAAAAGUUCCUCAUGCAACAAUAUCAGGUGGUUAAAGAGAAGCUGGAAUACUGGAUGGACAAGUAUCAAAAAGACACUGAUGCAAAAGAUGAAGAACUGGAUGAUCUAAGGGCAUUAAAGGCAGAAAACUUGGAAACAAUGCAGAGAUAUGCCAAAGAGUGCCUGAUGUUCCAGGCAACCAUCAUCAUUGACCGGUCAGAUAAGGAAAAUAGGAGAAAACAAAUCGARCGGGAAGCCCUGGAGCUGAAGAGCGUUGUGAAGCUGCAGGCCUGGUGGAAGGGUACAAUGGUUCGCAGAUUCCUUGGCCGCUACCAGGAGCUUGAGAAGUUUUUGAAGGAACAACAGGCAGCACUGAAAGAAGCAGGGAAGGACAAAUCUAAAAAAAAGAGAUAAGUAAAGAAAGCGGCCACAAAUAUGUUCCARGACUGUUGCUGGGCAAGGCACUGUGGUCUGUCUGGCUGACAGGAYGAAAUAAAACAUGUAACAGAGCUUGGGCAAUUCUGGAGAACACAGUUCUGCAAGGCAGAGUUAUGGUGAAAAGCUGCACUCUGACAAUUUCUAGGCUUUACCUUUUUAUAUUUUAAAAAAUAAUAAAAKUAGCAAUGAGGAGGGAUAAAAAGAGGAAUGAACAUUAUGCCUAAGAAUAAACCUUUCAAAUGCAGUGGGGCUAGGAAGCAGGGGUGCUACAUGUCAAACCCAAGACAGGCCAAAAGCAAAGGAUAAGAAGAAGGACCAAUGGGACUGGCAGCAUGAAACCCCAAACCCAGAAUGUAUAAUAUAUGAAGAGAAGGAAAAAACAAGGGCUGUGAUGGGAAGAGCAAAGGAUUCUGUACAAAAUCUGGUUUUGGGAAGGUUAAAAAUACCCCCAAGAAAGAGCUUCUGAUGUGGCUGCAGAAUAUAUGUAAAAAUGCUGGAAUUUUCCUGUCCUGGUUAACUAUGAAAAGUAGUGAAGCAAAGUAGGUCUAUCAAAUGCCAACUGGGAUGAUGUGGAAGGGGAAUAAUUAACACCUGAAACAGAGGAYGUGACAUUCAUUGAUGCAACAGAAAAACAGCAGGAAGAAACACUGCAAUUCAUGUAAGUUUUAAAACUUUAUUUCAAAUACCCAUGGUUUCCUUUUAUAUUAUCAAUGUGCUAGAAGUUCACACUACUGGCAGAAUACAGGAGAUUUAAAAUAUACAAUAUUCAGACACAUUUAUAUGUAACAGAAAUUAUGGAAUGUAUUUACAGACAUACAGCAUGGGAUGAAGCUUUAAAAUCCUUUACUCUAUUACUUACACGUUUACACUGUUUUCAGAAAUAACAAAAUUAGAUCACUUUGUAAAACAUCACAAUAUCUAUACAAAUGAAAUUUUUAGAUGUCCAAAUUCACCUUACAAGUCCUCUGUUUCUAAAACAGUUUUUCAAAGAACCAUUUGUAGUCAUAAAGGGGUAAUAAUACCAUUGCCAUCYUGCUGCUACCAAGAACUUGAGGUGCUCUGGCACUGCAAAGAGCUGUCCCUGAUGGACUUUGAGCAGGACACC